CUGCACUUUGCCGCUGUUUCAAGGCAGGAACAUGGCGGCGUUCUUCUCUCUGUGUGACUGUGAUGUGAUUGGGUUUGAUUUGGAUCACACUCUCUGUCGGUACAACGUCCCGGAGACCUUCGGGUUGAUAUAUGACAGCUUUGCUCAAUUCUUAGUUGAACAGAAAGGCUACAACCGGGAUCUUCUGACUCUAACUCCUGAGAGCUGGGAUUUUUGUUUUAAAGGCUUGAUUUUCGACUUCGAAGAUGGAAAUUUGCUGAAACUGGGUGAAGAUGGGACAGUUCUGAGGGCCAGUCAUGGCACUAAAUGUUUGACAGUAGAACAAAUAAUAGAAAGCUAUGGAAAGAAGAGGAAAUGGAAGCACUUCAAAACUAUCAAUGGGACAUUUGCACGUUCAGGGAAGUAUCAUUUCUAUGACAAUUAUUUUGACCUUCCAGGAGCCCUUCUAUCUGCUCGGAUAGUGGAUCUUUUAGAUCAGGAUCUGGUUACUCCUGCUGCGGCUAUUUCCCUUGAACCAGAGGUGGCUUUUGACCAAGUGAAACAGCAAGAAACUACAAAGAAAUAUGAAUUCUGGAAAGAUGUAAUUUCUUCCAUUGAGUACAAUUACAAAGCUUCUGCCUUCAAAGAAGAUUCUGGAAUAUAUUUCCCAUCAGUGAAAAGGGCUCCAAGCAAAUAUCUGGUCCGCUGCUCUGAUUUGGUGAAGGACUGGUUAAGGAGGCUGAAGAAUUCUGGGAAGGUUCUGCUUCUCAUCACCAGCUCACACAGUGACUACUGCAGGCUGCUCUGUGAACACAUUCUGGGAGAAGACUUUGAAGAAUUAUUUGAUAUCAUCAUCACAAACGCUUUGAAGCCAGGUUUCUUCUCACAACUGCCACAGCAAAGGCCUUUUCGAACUCUUGUUAACGAUGAGGAAAAGGAGUCACUGCCUUCACUAGAAAGUCCUGGCUGGUACUCACAGGGCAACUGGAGUCAUCUUUAUGAGCUGCUGAAAAAGUUAACUGGAAAACCAGAGCCAAAGGUCGUUUACUUUGGUGACAGCAUGCGUUCAGAUAUAUUCCCUGCUCACAACUACAACAAGUGCGAAACAGUCCUGGUACUGGAAGAGUUGGAAGUUGAAGCCAGUGAGCAAGUUGCAACAGAGGGCAAGGACGCUCACGUGGAACCACGGGAGAAGAAAGGAAAAUAUGAAGGUCAGCGGCAGAAGGUGCAGCCGGUGAUGUCAGAACAAUGGGGUUCGUUUUUUGUGGAUACCAUCCCAGGCUUGGAAGGUGAAGGGGAAACCCAGGUCUACACGUGGUGUAGCAACAGCAUCAACACUUAUAGCACCAUUGCUAUUCCCAGCCUGCAAACCAUAGCAGAUCUGCCAUUUGACUACAAAUUCCCCAGGUUCUGUCCAGAUAAACCCAGAUCUACAGGUUAUUAUCCAAGACCCCCUGACCGCCUCGUGCAGAAGCCCAGUGAGCCGAGAACGGAAUAAAGCACGCAAGAAUCUUUACCUCAACCUGUAAAGAAAACAAAAAUCCUUUGCAAGCAACACAUGUUUUGUCUCUAGUGCAGUUACUGUGCAUUACCUCCAUGAGAGAUGUUUUUGUACUGUUGAAGUGCAUUAGAAUCAGCUAUAAUGACUGUUUUUUUUAAAUGUCUAUCAUAAUGUUAUACAUUUGUUUUUAUUAUGUCUCCUUUAGAGGUGUUGAUUGUAAGAUUAGCAUUGAUCGGUUAAAGUACAAUCCCAGUCUGGUUGUCACUCUGUGAUGGAAGUAAAACUCGUUCUGUUGAACAGAUUAUCCUUGGUAAAAGAACACUGUCCUCGUGAAGCGUGUUUGUAAAACUUUUGAUUGUCACGUUGGUCACAAUGAGGUCACACACUAGUGGCAAGCGAGAUGAUGCACUUUGUUGUGAUUUGCACAAUUAUGUCUGUAAUCAAAGAAAAAAAUGUUUGCCAAAUGGGAGCAAAUCCAGACCCCUCCCCUCAGCAUAACCUUACCACUUAUUCAAAUAAAUACACUGGAAACAAGUUGUUCCCUGAGAAAAUGUACCUGAUAAACUGUUCUCUUUUAUCCAUGUUUCAAUUCAUUGGCAUCAACUGUAAUAAGAUGUGACAAGAGAUCAGAGUAUCUAUUGGGACAUCAAAAUAAGCUGGUGUAUGAUACAAAGGUGUGCAUCACUUCUAUAAAAUUAGAGUUAGCUCUUUACAGUCGGUUAUAAUUGGGGAGGAUGAAGGGAAGUGGAAUUGUUAAUUCUGUUCGCUUUGUGACAUAAAAAGUAAAAUAUCAGUUUGGUGUUAGUAUUGUUGCUGCAUCCCUUUCAUUGCUCUUGAAACCCGGCUUGACACCUAUUGUAUGAGGGAAUCUGAUGUUUUUUAUCAUUUACAUGCAUGUCGUGACACUUUCAAGGUAACGGGCAAAGGCUUAAAGCAGCAAUAGAUUAAUUUGAGACAGCAGCAUCAAAAGAAAGAGAAAUGAAUUGUCAAGCAAAACAUUAAAAACAUUACAAAUGUUAAUAUUUAACUUAAAACUGGUGUUAAAUAUUUGGUGAAUAAUUCUGAGAGACAAUUCUAUUGAAGGGAUAUUUUACUACUGAUAGAAAAAAUCUUGAUCUACUAAUUUGAUGCAUCUACUGUACUAGUUGCUAGAAAUUGCCUAAAUCUGGAGAAAUUUAAUGAGGUAUUGUGAAUUCUAGUUCUGAUUCCAAUGUACUUUGUCAAAUGGAUGUAGUCUGUGAGUAUAAGCUUCAUCUUUGGUUUUAUACAUUACAAUAAAAGCUAAAAAGAAAA